UGCACCUUGCAGGCAAGCACAUAAGCGGACUAGAUUACGUUUACGGGUUAUUAUAGUGCAAGCAAGCGACAGAGAUAGAAGUACACAAAGAACACUUAAUUCUAAACAGAUUUCAGUGGUGACAUCAAAACAUCGUCGAUAUUCAAAAUGGGGUCGUAUAUGUCGACCCACGAAGAUUACAAGCACGUCGAUGAACAGGGUGAACGUCCGGCGAAAGAUGAAGCCGACGACACAGCAACUGGAAACGACAUAAUUGAAGACGAGUUCUCAGACAUUGAUGAGAUUCUUAAAGAUUAUGACUUCCCGUUUGAGAACCUUAUUCUCGAAGGCGGCGGCGCCCAGGGAAACGCUUAUAUUGGCGCCAUACAGGUGAGAAAUUGUGUUGAAAUGUAUAUUUGUGUUAACCUGUUGUCUGCUGAAUUCAUUCACUGCCAUAUGCUUAAUACAGGGGUCAACCGGUUCCAGCAGGCAAUGGAUUCCCAGUUUACUGAGUCAUAUAGAGAGAUGGGAAAGCGAGGUUACUUGAAAAAGCUUCGUCGAUUCGGCGGUACCAGCAUAGGGGCGUUUACUGCUUGUUUCCUCGCCGUGGGACAUGGACCUGACAAAUUCGAUGAAAUUCUCAACGGGCCGCAAAUCAAGGAAUUGUUAGAUGCAUCAUUUGGAAAGUUGAGUUUGGUACCAAACUUGUACCUACACAUGGGAUGGCAUCCAGGCAAAGCUAUCGACAAGUUUCUUGGUGACGCCAUCGCCGAGAAAAUGGAUGAAAACCCAGAUGCGACCUUCAAGCAACUUUACGACAAGACGGGGAUAGAACUGUGCGUCGUGGUUACCAACCUCAGUACGAUGAUGGAGGAAUACUGCCACGUGAAGACCACACCAGACAUGUCUAUGCGACUCGCAGUCAGAAUGUCCACAUCUAUACCAGGUGUAUUAUUUCCCGUUACGCGAACAGACAAUGGCCGAAACGACAUGUACAUUGAUGGUGGCGUCAUAUGCAAUUACCCCGUCCAUUGCUUUGAUGGAUGGUGGCUCUCAAUGAAGCCGAAAGAUUCUUUCUUCAAGAAGAUGAGCCCUCUACAGGAUGGGGCAAAACUGCUCACCAAGAAGGAGAGGUUUGGAGACCCCAAUGAAAAGACAUUUGGAAUGAUCAUUUAUAGUGACUAUGAUUCGCAUGUAUUGCCUACCAACUCUGAGCUGGAGGCCAUCAAUUAUCCAUUACCUGACACCAAACUCGUCAGAGCCCAUGAACAGAUGACGCAAAACAGGAAAACGGGCAUGGAGAAACACAAACAGGUGCAGGAAGCAAUGGAGCACUUCUGGAAUGAUCUGCACAUGGAGGAUCGUGAUGGUGACUCAGAGAUUGAUCGUAAAGAGCUUCGGAAAGUCUUCGAGCAUACAAACGAGUUCACCCAGGAAGAUAUUCUUACGCUGUUCGGCAAGGCCCUUACAGCUGAUGAAGUCUUCGAUCUUCUGGAUACCAACAAGGAUAACAAGAUUGUCUACAGUGAAUUGAUGAGGCUGGCUAACAAGAAGGGCGUAGGGCUCCAUGAACAACACAUUGGAUCUGGUCGGCAAGACAUCAGGAGUUCGACUGAAUUUGGGAUAGGUAUCUUUAAGGCGCUGCUUAUGAACGUCAAGCGAGCCUUCCUUGGGGGCGAUGAUAUCGAGCGUACAGUGCUCAUCAACACAGUCUACUAUCAGUCUUUCGACUUCGAGCCGCAGACAGAAGACCUUGAUUUCCUGGUCGAGCAAGGGCGUCGCGGAUUCUUAAAGUUUCUGAAGUACCAUGCGAUCAAAGAUGCAUCAAAACAAGACCAAGCAUGUUCGACGUAGAGGGCAG